UCAGCCCUCAUCUUGCUUUGUUCGACUAGAUUGUCCAUCCCUGUGAUAUUAUUUCCUGAAUACCGUGCUACUCUGUACAAUUUGCCCAAACGAUCCAACCGCUGAGCAAGUCGAGCGCCGACUGGUGUUGAGAUAGCCGACCAUGGAACGACUACCAAACGAGCUACUCAUCUCCAUCGCCUUUCAUCUAGACAUCGAGGCGCCUUCAAUCUCCAAAUUCUCUCAUGAGCCAACGGCACGGUUGACAAUUUCGGACGACACCCCACUUAAAAAUCUUGCGCGAGUUUCAUGGCGAUGGAGAAGGAUCCUUUUACCUAUCCUUUUCCGCUACUCAAGGAUUCCUCUAGACCCAAGCCCGCAAUGGGUACCGAUCGAUGCCAGGAUUCUUGACAAUAUGCAAGGUCAGCUCACCAAGCUGAGCACCCACGAGUUUCAGGUCUAUACUCGCAUGAUGAGCAAGUUUAAAGCUACUGGUACCGGUUCUGCCUUCGACCAGGCAUUCGAUGACGUCCUCAUCAACCUCUGUCGAAUAGAGGAAGAUGACCACAUCUUGAAAGGUGUGCCACACAUCCUAUGGUUUCCACAUCUCAACAAGGGCUUCGCACAGUUCCUACGAUUCGUAUGGCAGUAUGAUCUGAAGAACCAUAUUAAGAAUAUCGUGGUUUAUACAGACAAAGAAUACCAGCUUCGACACGUCUCGACUGCAGAUGCGCCGUUGGCCCAUGCAGUCCGCGAAAUAUGGGACCAAGUAUUCUCCAACCUUGAUCCGAAUCGUGUUGUGGUAGCUGCACCGCCGAGCACGCUUUCUGCACUUUUGGAUUCGCAGAUGCUAAGUUCUGACGCCUGGGCUUUCGACAUGAAAAUGCACUACGUGGAAUUUCUGCAGCAGGAUCCACAACGCGCAGCUCAUCGAAACCCCGAAUGCCGGCCUUGGGGUAACGCUCUUGUUCAUCGCAAACCUUGGACGCACCUGGGUUACAACGAAGGCUCCUCGAUCACAGCAUACAGCACCUAUGAGUAUCAUCUCAAACAAUCACCGAAGAUGUUAUAUCUGACUCUUCUUCGCCUAGCGAAGGAAGUUCAAGAUUGCUGCAAUAUUACCUCGUUCUCAUUCAUAGGCGUGUUUCCAUUCAACACAAACAUGAACGCUAUCAUCCACGCGUUGCAAAAGAUACCGACUCUACGCAAGAUACAGGUCCAGCUCGCACCAGGCCCGGAGAACGAUCUACUCAGCACGCCUAAAAGGUUAGGAAGAGCUCAAUCCUCGGACCUUUGGCUAGAGUGGAACGGAUGUUACAGCGGACUUGCUGGACUAUUGGGUACGCAAGAGUUUGGUGAUGGAUCGAAGUUUGUAAGCAACGACUGUGGGGAAAAAGAGGUGGCUAAAGAGGUGGAAGAGUACAUUGAGUCGCUACAGAACAGAGGACAAGGCUGGCGGAAAGAUGGCCACGGGGCGUGGAUCAGAGACACAAGACUGGACCAAGAAAUCGGUCCUGAUGAGCAUGUGGAGGAUGCAGAGUCUGCAUUGCAUCAACUAAUGCUGGCGGCUGCUCAUGAGCUCGGCGGAGACAGCUACCAAGUCUUGCACAACCAAAAUGAACAGAGUACGGACAUGAUUUAAUUAAAGCGCAUAGGGCACUGCGAAAGUUUGAACAGCUUUUUUAGAUUGUCAAGACUUGUAGCCUAGGCAUAUCUGAAAGUCUAUAUUCCAUGUGGGGUCGCGAUUUUGCCGCCCAAAGAGUGUUCCCCAGAGGAUCCCGGCUCAAUAUAAUGCAAUCACGGCACUUCGUCACACCGAAAUAGUAUUGACGAACUCUUUGAAACUUGUUGAAUCAGUUCUGAUAUAUGACUACGACAUGUACUCUUAGUUUUAGAUUUCUCAGGUAUUUAAGCCACCAAAGACGACGACAAGUCAAAUGGCUU